AGGUCUCACUGGUUAAAAUCAAGGUUGGUCAGGUGGUUUCCUUCUAGAGGCCCUAGGGGAAAAUCAACCUUGGUGCUUUUGUAGAUAAUUAGAAAACAUUUGAAUUUUCUCAGCUCCUUUACUCCAUCUUCAAAGUCUUCGGUGAUAGGCAGAGUCCUUCCCUAACCUAAUUUAUUGAUUUAGGGAUCAGACAGACAAGGGUGUCUUUGGGGGGAGGUAAAAUAUGCUACCAGUCCUGGAAUACUUAAUUCAGCUUUUUACAGCAUAACAUCUUAGUAUACAUUCUAAUAUACCGGAAAUACUCAGAGACACAGAAAAGUAAUUUAUCUGCAAAGGUCGGUUUCUCUUUUAAGUUGGAUUUUGCUGUUGGUAGAACUGAGCUAAAGCAGGAAUAAUAACCAAACCCUGUUAAUAUUUAGAUUGGCUCUUCCCUCCCCAUACCAGCCAACUAAUUGGUUUAGGUCCCUAAGAAAGAAAAAGGAAAAAAAAAAAAAAGAUGAACUCACACUGCAAGUGUAUUUCUGCCAAAUGUACCAUAACCUGUCCAUUAGUCUUCCUGGUACCUUGGCCAAAGGAAGAUAAAUAAAUAGUGCCUACAACCUGCGAAAGGGCUAAGUCUUUCCCCAUGUCAGUAGUUUUCCUGCUUUGAGAGUACCGGGUUGUAUUUUUUAAAACCUGUCAAAAGAAGCCAAAAGAGCACCAGGAAGCACAUGUGUUUCCUCUGGAUUAUUCCUUUUAUGCUGCUAUGGACUUUCCUUGAAAUAAGAAACCAGGUGCACACAUGCCUUCAGUCCCAGCACUUGGGAGGAAGACAGAGGCAGCGAUCUCGACCUAGGCUUCAAAAGGAUUGGCAACUUCUGCCUUAUUUGAAGGCAGCUGCUGUGGAAAAACCAUCACUGAUGUCACCAUGCCGAGAGCAGUCAUGUGAGGAGACUGGAAGACACCAAGGAUCUUACCAUGUGAAUGAAGCUUUUGGGAGCAUCAAGGGAACUGUAACCACUAACUGAGAUGCUAAAUGCAUGAUCUUCAUCCAGGCUGUGGAGCAGCAGCAGAACUACAGGGUAGAACCAUCGUUGAGUGCCAGUUCACAUAAUCAUAUGUAUAAAAAUGCCUUAAUAAAGAACCAUGGAGAAGUAUGUUAGACUACAGAAGAUUGGAGAAGGUUCAUUUGGAAAAGCUGUUCUUGUUAAAUCUACAGAGGAUGGCAGACAUUAUGUCAUCAAGGAAAUUAACAUCUCAAGAAUGUCCGAUAAAGAAAGAGAAGAAUCAAGGAGAGAGGUCGCAGUGUUGGCAAACAUGAAGCAUCCAAAUAUUGUCCAAUACAAAGAAUCAUUCGAAGAAAAUGGCUCUCUCUACAUAGUAAUGGAUUACUGUGAAGGAGGUGAUCUGUUUAAACGAAUAAAUGCUCAGAAAGGCACUUUGUUUCAAGAAGAUCAGAUUUUGGACUGGUUUGUUCAGAUAUGUUUGGCUUUGAAGCAUGUACACGAUAGAAAAAUUCUUCACCGAGACAUAAAGUCACAGAACAUAUUUCUAACCAAAGAUGGGACAGUGCAGCUUGGAGAUUUUGGAAUUGCUCGAGUUCUCAAUAGUACUGUAGAGCUGGCUCGAACUUGCAUAGGGACUCCAUACUACUUGUCACCUGAAAUCUGUGAAAACAAGCCUUACAACAAUAAAAGUGACAUUUGGGCUUUGGGCUGUGUCCUUUAUGAGUUGUGUACACUUAAACAUGCAUUUGAAGCUGGAAACAUGAAAAACCUGGUACUGAAGAUAAUAUCUGGAUCCUUUCCUCCAGUGUCUCUACAUUAUUCCUAUGAUCUCCGCAGCUUGCUCUCUCAGCUGUUUAAAAGAAAUCCUAGGGAUAGACCAUCAGUCAACUCCAUAUUGGAGAAAGGCUUUAUAGCUAAACGAAUCGAAAAGUUUCUCUCACCUCAGCUUAUUGCAGAAGAAUUUUGUCUGAAAACAGUUUCAAAGUUUGGACCACAGCCUAUCCCAGGUAAAAGACCAGCAUCAGGACAAGGUGUCAGUUCUUUUGUCCCUGCUCAGAAAAUCACAAAGCCUUCUGCUAAAUAUGGAGUGCCUAUAACAUAUAAGAAGUACGGAGAUAAAAAGUUACUUGAAAAAAAACCACCCCCAAAGCAUAAGCAGGCCCAUCAGAUUCCAGUGAAGAAAAUGAAUUCUGGAGAAGAAAGGAAGAAAAUGUCUGAGGAAGCAGCAAAAAAACGAAGGUUGGAAUUUAUUGAGAAAGAAAAGAAGCAAAAGGAUCAGAUCAGGUUCCUGAAGGCUGAGCAGCUGAAGAGGCAAGAGAAGCAGCGGUUGGAGAGGAUAAAUAGGGCCAGGGAACAAGGAUGGAGGAAUGUUUUAAGGGCUGGUGGAAGCGGUGAAGUAAAGGCUUCCUUUUUUGGCAGUGGAGGAGCUGUGUCUCCAUCACCUUGUUCUCCUCGGGGCCAGUAUGAACAUUACCAUGCCAUCUUUGACCAAAUGCAGCAGCUAAGAGCAGAAGAUAAUGAAGCGAGAUGGAAAGGGAGAAUAUAUGGUCGAUGGCUCCCUGAAAGGCAAAAAGGACACCUAGGUGUAGAGAGAGCCAAACAAGUGGAAGAAUUCCUACAGCGUAAACAAGAAGCUAUGCAGAAUAAAGCCCGAGCAGAAGGACAUGUGGGAAUCCUGCAAAACCUGGCAUCUCUAUAUGGAGGCAGGCCCAGCUCUUCAAGAGGAGGGAAGCCCAGGAACAAGGAGGAAGAGGUUUAUCUGGCAAGACUGAGGCAAAUAAGACUACAAAAUUUUAAUGAGCGCCAACAGAUUAAAGCCAAACUUCGUGGUGAGAAUAAAGAAGCUGGUGGUACCAAAGGACAAGACGCAACUGAAGAGGCUGACAUGAGGCUCAAAAAGAUGGAGUCACUUAAGGCCCAAGCAAAUGCACGUGCUGCUGUACUAAAAGAACAGCUAGAGCGAAAAAGAAAGGAAGCUUAUGAAAGAGAAAAGAAAGUGUGGGAAGAACAUUUGGUGGUGAGGGUAAAAAGCUCAGAUGUCCCUCCAUCUAUGGAGCAUCAUGAAGCAGGUGGUUCUCCAUCACAGCAGCAGAUGAAACCUGUUAUUUCUGUGACUUCAGCUUUGAAAGAAGUGGGCCUGGAUGGAAGUUUAACUGAGUCCCAAGAAACUUCAGAAGAAAUGGAAAAGAGUAACAAUGCUAUUUCAAGUAAGCGAGAAAUACUGCGUAGGCUGAAUGAAAAUCUUAAAGCUCAAGAGGAUGAAAAGGAAAAGCAUCAUCACGCUGAUUCUUGUGAGACCGUUGGUCACAGAGAUGAGAGAGAGUAUGAGAAGGAAAAUGCCAUUUCCUCUGAUCGCAAGAAAUGGGAGAUGGGAGGUCAGCUUGUGAUUCCUCUGGAUGAAGUGACACUGGAUGCAUCCUUCUCUGCUUCUGAAAGUGUGUAUGAAUAUGUUAAUGUCAUGACUUGGUUGAUCUCUCACAUAAACUCAGAUCCUGGCCAUCCAAAGGAACCAACGUGUGGAUGGCUAGAAAGAGAACAUACUGUGGGAGAGGUUAUUAAGUUAGAUUCUAGUGGCUCUCCAAGAAAAGUCUGGGGGAAAAGCCCUACAGAUUCUGUGCUGAAGAUACUUGGAGAAGCUGAAUUACAGCUACAGACAGAACUACUAGAAAACACGCCUUUUAAAAGUGAGGUUUGUGUUGAAGAGGAGAACUACAAACCCCUACUCACUGGAGAAGAGAAUCUGCAGUGUAUUUCAAAAGAAGUAAACCCAUCAGCCACUGUUGAUACUGAAACAAACAGUCCAAAGUUUGCUAAGGUGUCUCCAGCAAUGUCCGAAGGAAAUGUGGAAGAACCUGAUGAUUUGGAAACAGAAGUUCUACAAGAGCCAAGUGCCAUACCCUCAGAUGGGAGUUUGCCGCCUGUUGUUAAUGAGGUGUGGACCAGAGCUAAGGCAACUGGGUUGGAGGAUAGCAUUGCUGUGCAGCAGAAUGACGUUUGUGAAGAGCGAAUUCCAGGGACUGUGGACCAGUCCUGUAAGGAUCAUAUAGAACCUGCAGGAAACGAUUCUCCGCAGUCUGGCUGUGAUGAAGAGAAGUCAGUACAGCCAGAAUUGUUUUUCCAGAAAGUGGUUCACUCCAAGGACUUGAACUUAGUUCAGUCAGCUCAUCGUUCCCCAGAAGAAGCAAUUCCAAUUCGAUCUCACUCUGAUUCUCCACCAAAAGCUAAAAGCAAGAAUUCCCUACUGAUUGGACUUUCCACUGGUCUGUUUGAUGCAAACAACCCAAAGAUGCUGAGGACCUGUUCACUUCCAGACCUUUCCAAGCUCUUCAGAACCCUAAUGGAUGUUCCCACUGUGGGAGACGUUCAUCAAGACAGUCUUGAAAUAGAGGAGCUUGAGGAUGAACAUAUUAAAGAAGGGCCCUCGGAUUGCGAGGACAUUGUAUUUGAAGAAACUGACACAGAUUUACAGGAGCUUCAGGCCUCAAUGGAGCAGCUGCUUAGGGAGCAACCCGGUGACGAAUACAGUGAGGAGGAAGAGUCUGUCUUAAAAAGCAGCAAUGUGGAGCGGGCAGCAAGAGGGACAGAUGUCCCAGAUGAGGAGGACAACCCCAGCAGUGAAAGCGCCCUAAACGAGGAAUGGCACUCAGAUAACAGUGAUGCUGAGACUACUAGUGAGUGUGAAUAUGACAGUGUCUUUAACCAUUUAGAGGAACUAAGACUUCACUUGGAACAAGAAAUGGGCUUUGAAAAGUUCUUUGAGGUCUAUGAGAAAGUAAAGGCUAUUCAUGAGGAUGAAGAUGAAAAUAUUGAAAUUUCUUCAACCAUAGUCGAGAACAUCUUGGGCACUGAGCAUCAGCACCUUUAUGCCAAGAUUCUGCAUCUAGUCAUGGCAGACGGAGCCUAUCAGGAAGAUAAUGAUGAAUAAACCUCAGGACAUUCUUUAAUAGUCAACUAUAAGAACACAUUUGAACUUGGCUCAUAAUACAAGCUUCCUGGGAAAUAGACAUUAUUUAUGAAAAAAACAGAUUUAAGACGGGAAUGCUUAUUGCAUGAAAAAAAUUGAGAAGUGUGGUUUUUUUUUCCUCACAUUUUAUCUACUUUAUUUUGUUGAUUGGAUUCUACAGCUGACUCUCAUAGAAUGUAUGUUUCUUUAAAUUACCCCACCAAAGCAUUGACUCAGAACUGGAAAUUUACCAUGCAAUAGGAACUACUUUUGUGGAAGAAUUGCCUAUAUCAAAAAGGCCUGCUUUUGGGUGUUUCAUUUAAAUUUCAGCAUGCCUUUUUUUUUUUUUUUUUUUUUUUUUUUUUUGUCCCUGUCUAGCAUUUUCAUCCUGGCUAGCAUUUCUACAUCAACUCUUGUCAAGGGCUCUGUUCAAAUCUCUACAUUUAGAAGAUGAAAUUCUAGCCUUGAAGUUUGUUUUCUUUAGUUUUUAUCCACCACUGGCCCUCCCUGAGCUAGCCCGGUGGGAACAGGCCAUAGAAGCAAUCCUAAAAAUCACUAAGAUUUGGUAUUGAAGGAUAGCAAGGUUGUAUUCCCUGACACUUCAACGUUCCUUACUUCUUCUGUCUCUAUAGACCAGAAGCGCUGUAUCUAAAAAUCAGGCUGUAAGUUUAAACCUAGCAGAUAGCAUAAAAUUGCCUUUUUAUUUUUUAACUCCUUGCAUACAUGUGCCUCAGUGGUUGCCUGUGUUCAGAAGGAGAGAGGGGCCUUUUUCUUUUGGCACUGUGGCAGUUUAGUAACUGCUAUGGGGAAAUGUUUCCUAUUCUUUUCAGUGUGAGGAUUUAACCAGGUCAGUACAAUGAUGGUCACAUAGUUUCAGUUAUGUGAACCUAUACAUAGAAACAGUUAUAGUUUCCAAAUUUGCCAAGUAUACAUGGUGUCAUUAUCUACAAUCCAGACAUUCCUAAUAAAAUAAAAGCAGAAAUGUGGGCUUCUUGGUACCAAUCAGCCUGAUUGGUGUAACCUGUCAUCUGAAAUGUGGACUCUUACCUUGUAGCACUAUUAGUACUGUAUUGACUUUAUUAUGUAUAUUAUUUCUAACAUCCAAAAGUAAAUAGUUGAUUUUUAUAUUUUUAUUUUGUACUAUUAAAUUUUUAUUAUGUAUCUGAA